CACCGCUGUUGGGUGUAAACAGAAACUUCGCGUUUCCUAGAAUGUUUGACUCUUUUUUGAUGUGGAAGAAUUGUACAGUUUCUUCGUGCGGUGUUGUUGGAUGUCGAUGAUGAUAACAGUUUUUAUAUAUAUUUUUUAAAGGAAUAUCAUAUCAAUAUCUGCUUUCAUCGACGAGCAAAGGUUAAAAGGUGAAUGGCAAUGCUUUUGCAUUUAUUCAUGCUGUAUCAGCUGCUGCCUUGUGGAAACUUUGCUUGUAUGAGGAAGUUAUUAUUCAACACAGAAACCGAGAACCAGUCAAAAGAAGUUUUCAUGGGGGAGGAGACAGCAAAUGCAUUUUUAGGACGCCGUUUGUUGGCUAAUCGAUUUGACUUUGAGAUGUUUACCCCUGGAAAUUUGGAGCGGGAAUGCUUUGAAGAAGUCUGCAAUUACGAGGAAGCCCGAGAGUUCUUCGAAAAUGUCCCGAAGACGGACACCUUCUGGAAACAAUACACUCAGGGUAAGGACAAUCGGCCGAGCCGGCUGGAUGUGACUGCCCUGCUGGUGGGUCUGAUCGCGGCGGGGGUGUCCCUCGUCAUCACUGGCUUCUUGGUCUGGUAUUUCUGCCAGCGGCGCUGUAAGGAUGGCUUUUCACACUCAGGGUCUGUCAGGGUUCGUCCAAGGCGGAGUAAUGCUUCUCUGAUCAUGCGGAGACUGGAGGAGGUCUCUCUGCAGCCUGUGCUCCCGGCCCCGCCGCCCCUUGAGGAGAUCAACCCCCCGGGCCUCCCGUCCUACGAGGAUGCUAUAGUCAAUACGGGACCACACGACGCCCCCCCUCCUCCGUACCCUGGGUCUCGACCUGGAAGUAUUCAACGAUAGCAACGGUUUUACCUCGGCAGAUGAAGGUCUCCAUAUUUAGCAUCAUUUAAUGCUACGAAGAGGUUUAGACAUAUCUACUUUUACAUGAUUUGUACUUGACCAUGCAUGUGCAACAUAGGAUUUUAUUGAACUGUAAUAUUUUGUGAUCAUUUAAAUUCAUAUUAAUGUAACUCUUUGUGACUGGUUACCUCUUUACCGCUGCUAAGCAUAUUUAGCAAUUUCCCAGAUGUAUAGCCAUUCCUCUGCUUGUGCCCAAGUGUAUUUCAUUGUUUUAUUCCUUAAUUUCAAUGUUGAGCUCAACUGGCAAGGCAGUACUUGACAUUAUAUUGUUGCUAUAAUCUGUCCAUGGCUCUGCUAAAAUUAAUGAAAAAUGAAGGAUGAGAAGCUGUAUUGCUUGCAGUGAGAUAUAUCACAGUCAGUGCACAGUAUGAGCAUAGUUUUUAGGACAGACCAAAAGUCCUGACGCCUACACAUUCUCGGAAUCAUAUAUGUACAGUACAUGUCAUAACUAGUCACUUACGCUGUCUGUGCUUGACGCAAUCAGUGCUAGACCUGAAUGGGGGGUGGGGGGGAAUUGUUUAGCCUACUCAUUUUGGCUGCCUGUACUGUUUAGGAACUCUGCAGUGCUAAUUAGCUAAUGUUCUGUAGGUGCUGCAGAAAUCUGAGCAGAAAGACAUUUCGGGUGGUGUAAUAAGUUCUGCUGAGCUCCUGCCCAAGUCAAGCUUGCUAUAUCUUGGCCCAAGAAAGUUGAAAUUAAUUGGUCAAGGAAAAAGUGUGUGUGUUUGUGUGUGUGUUUGUGUGUGUGUGUUUGUGUGUGUGUGUUUGUGUGUGUGUGUUUGUGUGU